AUGUACUGUUCCACUUUGUUGAAUCCUAUUUUGUCAAUGAUUAAGGACGGAGCUCUUUUUCUCAUCCCGCACCUCCAUUGGAUUUUUGGCUUUAUUCCGAAAGAGACUUUCAAGGAAAAGGUGUUUCCCUAUUUGACGCCUCUGAUCAAUAAAGAUGAGCCCUAUAGACUUGAGUUGAUCACGCCCUUAAUCGUCGAAUUGAUGGAGAAUGAUGCUUCUCUUGCUCAGCCUUUGUUCGAUGCCUUAUUGGAAACCCAAAGCGAGUUUGUUUGCAGAUAUCUCAUCGAUCAUUUGUCACCUUCGUUUUAUGAUGAAUCGAUUUUCGACACAAUCCUUUUUCAACAAGAGAAGUUGCAAUCAUCAUGGAGAGUAAUAUUCGUGGCGAGAAAGCAUCGCAAAGGCGAUGGGAACUCUGCUCAAGGCGUUGCAAACCAUUCAUUCCAAUCGUUUGAACGAUCUAAAGCAAUAUGUAGGUCGUCUCUAUACCCUGAUAUUGAGCAUGUUCACUUGUUUUCUGAUAAUGUGCAUGCUGUACGAAGAGCUUGCGCAGCGUCAAUCACGGAUGUGAUGGAUGCACUGAAAAUCGAUGACUUCAAAGACGAAUUGCUUCCUUCGCUCAUUUCUCUCUACAAUUCAAGUGGGAACUAUCAAAUACAAUCGAAUCUGCUUUACACUUUUCAAAACGUUUUACUCUCACCCCUGCUUUCUUCCAAUCAGGACUGGACUACCGAGAUUCAAACCUUGUUGAUUAAAGAGCUCUCUAAUCCAAUUCCCAAUAUUCGAUUCAUCACUUGCAAGGUGAUCGGCAAGACAUUCGAACAGUUUCCUCCCGAUUUCCAGAAGGAAUAUAUUCUUCCUAAAUUGAAAUCACUCACUCGAGAUGAGGAUACAGAUGUUCGCUUCUACUCUUCCAUUGCUUUGGAGCGAAUGGCAGUUGUAUCCUAA